UAGAUUCAGAUUAUGAUGAGAGGGAGAGAGAAAGCCAUCAAAGAGAUAGAGAGAGAAUCGCGAAAAACCCCAUAGACGAAGAAAGUAAGGGUUCAGAGAGAAGCUUCUUUCCAUUUGAAGAAGAAGAAGAUGAUGAUGAAGUGAAUCUGAUUUGGAUCAUCUUCUUCAUCUCCCAAUUCGCAUGCUUAUCAAUCAAGAUAAUGGUGGUCUGACUUUUCAUUCUGAUCAUUAAUGGAGACAACUCCAACUGAAGAACUUCUCAAGAAGAUCCAAGAGCUUCAAAUUGGACAUGCUCAUCUUCAAGAAGAGAUGUCAAAGCUCGUCAGUUCCGCCGAUCCAAAAACACUAUCCAAUCAACAACAACAACACCACCACGGUGUUCAUCAGAGAUCUAAUUCGGUAUCGCCUCAACGGUCAGGUAUUCCGAGAAGGAGCGGUUCAUCUGGAUGUAGGUUCGACGGUGGUGCGAUGGCGUGGAGUAGAGGUUCUUCUUCGUUUCGACAUUCAUCGCCUUUACAAAGAGAGAGUCGUGUCAAGGAUCAACCUCAACCUCUUACAAUCGAACCUGUUAAUUUACCGGCGGCUGUGAAGUUUACUGAUAGACAGUACUUGAAUAUACUACAAUCAUUGGGACAGUCUGUUCAUAUAUUUGAUCUCAGUGGUCGUAUAAUUUACUGGAAUCGAACAGCUGAACACCUUUAUGGUUAUUCUGCAGCUGAAGCUCUAGGUCAAAAGUCUAUUGAGCUUCUCAUCGAUGACCUAGAUCUUGCUGUAGCCAACAAUAUCGUGCAACGGGUGACUACGGGUGAGAAUUGGACUGGUCAAUUUCCUGUCAAGCACAAAAAUGGAGAUAGAUUCGUAGUUGUGGCAACCAACACACCUUUCUACGAUGAUGACGGCACUUUAAUUGGUAUUAUAUGCGCAUCGAAUGAUUCACGCCCAUAUCAAGAAACCAGGCCUUCAUUCCAAUCUACUGAGAAUUUAGACACAAGCACGAGUUUUAGCCGUCCCCGGUUCCCUCAGCAGCCACUCCAAGUUGCCAUUGCCUCGAAAAUAUCCGAUUUGGCAUCAAAGGUAAGCAGCAAGGUGAAGUCAAAAAUAAAGUUAGGAGAUGGAAUCAUGGUUCAUGAAGGAGGGAGUGGAGAUAUUCAUCAUUCUGAUCAUGGUUUCUCAGAUAUAGCUUUUUCCGAGCAUAGAGAAGAUGCAAAUUCCAGUGGAGCAAGUACUCCAAGAGGGGAUCCGAUAGCGUCUUCUCCAUUUAACUUGGUUUCUCAAGACCAUUCUGGUGAUGAAUCUGUAGGGGGGAAAUCUGGGAUUCAGAAGAUCAUUACAUCAAGAGCUGAAGCCUGGAUGGGUAAGAAAGGACUCUCUUGGCCGUGGAAAGGGAACGAUCAGCAGGAAGGAGGAUUAGAGAAUAAAACUGCACGUUUUAUAUGGCCAUGGUUGAAUAAGGACCAAGAGAAUGACCAAACAACAGCUCAUUAUCUUAAUAGUUCUUUUUCUAAUGGAAAACAAGAACAACAAGUAAGUGAUCAGGGUAAUAGACCUGCCAACAAUGAUGCUUCAGGGUCUUGGUCCUCGUCCUUUAAUGUUAACAGCAAUAGUAGUGCAAGUAGUUGUGGAAGUAUCAGCAGUAAUGCUGUUAAUAAACUUGACAUGGAUGAUUGCUUCGAUUAUGAGAUUCCAUGGGAGGACUUGACAAUUGGAGAAUCGGUUGGCCAAGGUUCUUGUGGCACUGUCUACCAUGCUUUGUGGUAUGGAUCGGAUGUAGCUGUCAAAGUAUUUUCCAAACAGGAAUAUUCAGAUGAUGUCGUACACUCCUUCAGACAAGAGGUGUAUCUCAUGAAAAGACUUCGGCAUCCAAAUGUUUUGCUCUUCAUGGGUGCCGUUACAUCACCUCAACGUCUCUGCAUAGUCACAGAAUUUCUUCCUCGUGGAAGCUUGUUUCGGUUGCUACAAAAGAAUACAGGAAAACUAGAUUGGAGACGACGUGUUCACAUGGCUCUGGAUAUAGCGCGCGGAAUGAAUUAUCUUCAUCAUCACAAUCCACCCAUUAUUCAUCGUGAUUUGAAGUCUUCAAAUCUUCUGGUUGAUAAGAACUGGACUGUGAAGGUUGGUGAUUUUGGUCUUUCGCGUCUCAAACACGACACAUACCUUACAACAAAAAACGGGAAUGGAACACCCCAGUGGAUGGCUCCUGAGGUUCUUCGUAAUGAGCCCUCAAAUGAGAAGUCUGACGUAUACAGCUUUGGCGUGAUAUUAUGGGAGCUGGUGACAGAGAAGAUUCCUUGGGAAAAUCUGAAUCCAAUACAGUUGAUUGGAGCUGUAGGCUUCAUGAACCAGCGGUUGGAUUUGCCAAAAGAUAUGGAUCCUGAAUGGGCUUCUAUAAUCGAGAGUUGCUGGCAAAGCGAGGCAGAGCUUAGGCCAUCGUUCCAAGAAUUGUUGGAAAAAUUCAAGUCACUGCAGAAAAAACAAAACAUCCAAAUCCAGGCAGCAAGAUCAGGAGGCAAGAAAGAAGGCAAUAAGUAGGAGUUGGUUGGUGUUAUUGUUUGUUUCAUUGGAGGAUUCUUUUGCCCUGGCAAUAAGUAGGCUCGAGAUAUUUGGAGAAAACGAUAAUCUGUAAGCGCUUACGGUUACGGGAAACAUCAAGUAGGACAAUCAUUGUAGAGAAACAUGAAAGAAAAGGAUGAUGGAUUGAUGGGGGUAAUAACUACAAUUUCUAUAAAUCCAUGAAUAUAUAUGAUACACUCUUUUUUUUUCAGCCUUUUUAUAUAACAUUUGAAAACAGUUUUGCUUUGGGAGUUUGAUGUCCUCACAUUCGAGGGUGUAAAUAAAAACACUAUAAUAUUCCUGUCA